AUGGUCCGGAAUAUUAGCAGUGCUCGCCCCCGUCGCACUAUCAGUGAUUUUGUGCAAGCCGAAGACGCGGCAGAGGACGAGAUCCUUGAGACGCUAGCACUCAGCUCCGUUGCAGUCGCUGGCAGCUGUCACAACAGGAAGAGACAAUGA